UCCGUGUACCAGUCUGUGUUAGGAUCAUAGUUUCGUAUUAUUGUAUGAAGCUCUAUUGUUAUUAUCGUACGCAUAGUAUAUUAAAUACGCAUACAGAGUUUGUAUAUUAACUCUAUAGAAUAAAGCUUUCCUUUCUCCAGCUUCGUCACGAGUCGCGUGGCUUUGUUGACUCCGAUAAGCGCGGGUAUUUUCACUGUUGUAAGUUGUAGAGUGGUAGGUGUUCUCUGGUAGUAGUGUGGUAACGCUUAGUUCAGCAUGGCUUAAGACCAAACUCCAUUGUUUGCGAAAUGAACACGAGCACAUCUGGACAGAUUUCCCAGCUGACUUGUAACGUUAUUCGGAGAGACGUCCGUGUACCUGUUGGCCAUAUCGUGAUUGCUGAAAGAUGGGCCGGCAGCGAGCUGCACACCGCCUUGAAGGGAUUGCUACAAACAGUAGUGUCAGACCACCUAGGAAUGGUUGAUUUCUACCCAUCAAGCAACAGUGCUGUUUUGUACAUCACAGAGGCUGAUCUUCUGAACGAGCAUGCUGUUAAGAGAAAAAUUGUCAAGUUACGAAAGAACGAUGCUAAGAAGCCCUAUGUCAUUGCUGAACAGGCUGAAGCCCUUCAAGAACAGUACAACAACUUGCAGCAGUUUGCCAUAAUGGAACUAGGAAUUCCUGUUAUGGCUGUACAUAACCAACUUGAAGCAGCACAACUUCUUGCUCAAAUGGAGGCUGUGGAGAGUGGAGAAAAGCCAAACCCAUUUUUAGUACCCCGGCGAUUGGCUCCCAUGAGUUCAGCCCUUACCACCUGCCUGUUACGUGUGCCAGGCUUAGGUGAAGUCAAAGCCAAGACCUUGCUCCAGAAGUAUCACAGCCUUCAGGGAAUAGCUUUGUGCAGUACAGAAGAGCUUACAAAAGUUGUUGGCCAAGCAUCCGCAGCAAGUAUUCACAAGUUUUUCAAUGGCCUCCAGUGAUGCAAGGAGCCAUCAAUAGAGAUGGCACAUUGUAGUGUCCUGAUGUUCUCAUCAAUUAAAUUUAGAAGGAUAGAAGAAAUUUUAAAGUUGACUAGCACACUGCAUAGUUUGUAUUUUUGCAUGUUUUAAUGUCACUUAGUAUACGAAUUUUGUGAUAACAUUUGGGCAUUUUGUGACCAAGUUAAGCUUAGUGCUCCAGCUGUUAUCUAUUUGCUUCAUAUUCAUUCAUACCAGGUCUGUUAACUUUUUGCCUACCCUAGUGCAAACUACUUUGCAGAAGUGCUCAAGAAGUUAGAAAAUUGUGCAGGUCCUGUUCAGUGCUACACAGGGAGACAGUGAGACCACUUGGUCACAAGGCUUUCGUAUGUGUGCCACAGAUGUCCUGCUUGGUGACUGCAAGUGUGCCGUCUGUUAGAGCACUGAUGAUAAUGGAGUGCAAAUUGCAAAUGAAUUUGACCUCUAAA